AUGGCUACAUUUGAAAAGGGUGUCAAGGAAUCUGCUGCCAAGCUCGAUGGCUCUGGUCUUCGCAUUGCCAUUGUUCACACGCGAUGGAACUAUGCUCUCGUCGACCAAAUGUACAAGGUUGUAUACGACACGUUGAUCAAAAAACACGGUGUUUUGCCUGAGAACAUUUACACGGACACUGUGUCGGGUUCAUAUGAACUUCCAAUGGCUGCCAAGCAAUUGAUUGAUUUGUCACGAUCCCAAGCAUCCGCUACUGCCAGUGAUCUUUUGGGUUCUCCCGCACUUAGCAAGAAGGAAGGCUCAGCCAGCAGCAGUGGUGAGAAGAAGACAGGUGCCUUUGAUGCAGUGAUUUGCCUUGGUAUUGUCAUUAAGGGUGGCACGGCCCACUUUGAGUACAUUUGUGAUGCUGUGACACAUGGCAUUAUGCGUGUGCAGUUGGAUACUGGUGUCCCCGUUAUCUUUGGUGUCUUGACCUGCUACAAUGACGAACAAGCUAUCGCUCGUGCAAGUACCGAGGAAGGUUUCCAUCAUUCUGAAGAAUGGGCUGCUGCUGCCGUUGAAUCCGCCCUACGAAACUACCGCAAGUUGUAA